CUGAUCAAGCAAAAUGGCGACCACAACUUAUGAACAAACCACCGAAACGAGGCCCGAACCUCCACCCAUCAGGCCCCACCCUGAAUAUGUCAAGUCCAUCGAGGGCAUUCUCAAAAUUGUAGAAAUCGUGCUGUGUAUUUUGGUGCUCAUCUGUGCAUCCAUUGACUACUGGUACCACCUGGGUGGAGGCUGGGUGCAGUUUGUGGCCGCCUCGGCGAUGAUAGGGACGAUCAUACUCUUCUUGUUUUUCUUUUUCAACGUUUACCCUCGGCUUCCAGGACCCUGGAAUUUUAUUGUGUUCAUCUACUACUGCGUGUACGUGGUGUUGUUCAUCAUCGCUGCCAUUGUGGCUGCUGUGAGGGCCCACCUGGCCACUUCUAUUGGAGCCACUGCAUUCUUCACGUUUGCAGCUCUGGCAGUGUACAUCAUCGACGUCUACUUCAUGUACCGCUCCUGGCAGGCGUACCAGCACCCAAGCACUGCUGCUGGGGGUGCCAACACUACCACCACCACCACCACCACCACCUAUGAAACCCGGACACAGUACUAAGCGGGGAGGACUAGGCUCGAUAGGAACUAAUUAAUUUGUAAUUUGUCACGGUCAAGCUUUCUCCAUUUAUACUGCAUUUCUCCCUCUCUCUCUCUGUACGUAAUAACCUCAUUGUCUCAUCCAUGCAGUGCAGUUGAAAGGAUACAGAUGUUUGAGUGAAUGACAGUUGACAUGUAUCAUGUAUGGUGAAAAACUUUCUGCUGUUGGAUUUUUUGUAUCACUUUAGAUGACCCAACAGUUAAAACUGCUGUGCACAAACAAAGAUUUACAAUAAGUUUGAUUAGCAAUGUUUGUGGAACCACAAAUGAUAACAUACUCAUUAUCAGUAUACAUUAUACUGAGGAUGGAAAACUAGUUUGAAAAGCUCUCAGAUAACAAGAAUUGGAACUAAGAAUUUGUGCCUUGGCAAACAAAUUAGUUUCUAGAAAUAAACUGCCACAGAAAUUAAAAGUGCUGAAUAUUAUGUCAAAUUUAAGAUUUUAAUAGUAGAUGAAUCACAUUUACCCAUAAACAUAUUUGCAUAGAUUUUUUGGCAGUAUGUUCUGGUUCUAGCUGAGAUUUGUUCAGGAUACAGAAAUUUAAAUGUGGAAUAUAAUUUUUUCCUCACAAAUUCACAUCUCAGAUGUGAUUAUAACUGUACUCAAAUAGUGCCCCUUUCAUUUAUGUCUGUAUGAUGAAAUUUAAGAACAUCUGAUGUUAAAGCUUGAGAAAAUCCAGCUAAUGUGUUCUUGAGAUGUUUGCGUUUCUUUCACAAUUAGAAAAAGUUCUUAGAACAGGAGAUAGGACUAGUCAGUGUUCCUUGUGUCAUGUACUAAUGUUCGUUGUAAUUAGUGACAACAUUUCCUGUGGUGUGUCUGUAAGUGUGAACUUUGUCCUCUGAAUGUUCAGCUGUUCUCGUAGGGAGUAGAACUUCAUGAGUAUAUUGAUGACAUAAUUUAUGUGGCGGGUACUUUGGUGUAUUUGUUGGCUGUUGUGAUUGGUGACUUUACCAGUCUGCUCUGUCUGCCUCCUUUGAUGAACUGAGAGCUCUCUGUUUUUUCAGACAAUAGCUUUCUGGAUGCCGGACAGAACAUUUUUUUCCCCUUCUUCUUUCAUGACAUUGAAGUCGGAAGUGACCGGUUGAAUCUCUGUAUAAGUAGGCCAUGCAUAUCAUUCAAAUUGUUUCUUUGGUCAGACAAAAUCUGACCGGCUCCAACAAAAGCUUUAAUUUUAUAGAUUUUUAGGAAAACGAAAAUUCUGGUAAUUGUUUUAAGUUUGUAGAGGAUAUAAUGAUUUUUAGUCACAUGUUGACUAUCUACUUUGUUUUAUCUGAAUAUCCCAAAGUCAAUUAUACCGGUACUGGCUUGCUUUUGCUUAAAAUCUGUUUUUAUGUAUGCCGCUUGUGUAUUCUGUUAUUUCGCAGCUCUUUUCCUGGGAAUCUCGUCACUUUUUAAAAGAACAUACUGCUAUAAAUAUGCAUGAGAUGUCUUACCUUGAGAAUUCCACUGAAAAAUUGAAAGCCAAAUAGUUCAAAGUCACUAUUAAAACAUCUACAAGGUGAGUUCAUCAAAUAAAUGUGUACAUAAAAAAAGUCCAUGUGUAUGGAAGGAACGCAAUUGACAGUGAGACAUGAAUGGGAACUUAAUAUAAUGAAAAGCUCGUCAAGACCAUUCCAUUCAUGUAAUGCUCUUAGUUUUAGUUGCAUUUUGAGGCAUUUUGUCUAGGUAAAUUUCCCCAAGUUGAGAAUUUUAUUCAGGUUCUUCUACUGUGUCAUUUCAUCACAUACAGUUCUCGUGCAUCUCUAAGGGGAUUAAGUAAGGCAUAGACAUUGACAAAACACGGAGUUUGUAAGACUAAACACCUGAUACAAAAGUGGGAAAGUUUUGCCCUCUGAAUAAAGAUAAUCUUUUGUUUUCAAAGACCAACCCUAUUGUUGCCAUAAAUGCACAUGAAAUUGUUGGUGAGAAUAAUCUUGGAAAAGAUCAAUUCAGAGAUAUCCUUUUAAUGUCACAGAGCAAAAGAGAAGUAAAAUUGGAAAGUAAAAAUUCAAAUUGACCGCUGAGAAGCACAAAAGAUGUGAUAUUAUUCUUAUGGUUUGGUGAACUCUGACACGUAAUCAUUAUUUCACUCACUGUUCCAGGAGCUUGGACUGUGAUUUCAUAGUGAACAUUUUUCAAUGGAUGAACCAAGCUGACAAUUUCAGCAUGUCAAGAGAAAAAAAGAGAGUUGAUGUUUUCUCUUUAGUUGCUGGUUGAAAUCCUUUUAUCAGUGUGAUGGUUUCCACAAGGCAGCCAAAUGCCAAGUUGUGUUCCCUUUGCUUAACGGUAACUUUUUGUUUGGAACAGACAAAACUUUCAUCUUAAUAUUCAGAACUCUCGUGGAUGGUGGAAGAAUAAGCUUCUGAAAAAAGGUGCUAUUUCCAAUGUUGUAUAUUCUGCUUUUUAGUCUAGUCUCAUGUACUCAUCUUAAUUUGAUUUUACUUUGCGCUGAAUUUUUAUUGCGAUAGUAAUAUCUCUCUAGUCUGAAACACAUUGUUGUUGUUGCAGCUGAUAUAGAUCUGACUUAAUUGGAAUUCCAUAACUACUUGAACUUCUUUACUUUUAACUCUUGUUAUGUUUGCAAAAAGCACUACUUUUACUUUUAUUAUUAUAUUAUAUACACACUCACUUAUAUGCCCAAGCAACUUCUUUUCUUUUAUGUUUUGCCUUCAUGCUUGCCCGGCAAUGUUGUAAAGGCAGUGCUUGUACAUUGCUGUGUUUUGGUGUUUAAUCUUACCUGAAUUAUUAUUCCCUAAUAUAACUAAACUGUCAUGGCACAGCGUGAGAUCGACAACAGCAAUAUUCCUGUGUAAUUUUUAGCAAGUAGUUCUUUGUAUAGCACAAUCCAUCACUUUCUAUUGUACAUCACAUAUGUCAUACUUUUAUUCAUGAUGCGUCUGUAUAAUUACUUAGAUCUUAAAUCCUAUUUUUGUCGCUUGUCUUUUUCCCUAUUACUUAUUCACUAAGCCUGGGGAAAAGUGCCUGCUACCAAAAAUUACUUAAUACUGUCUUUGGAUCAAAUGCUUAAGAAAUUCCUUAAAUAUUGUUUUUACAUUUGAACUGGCAUAUCUGCUUACUGGUCAUUGGUUGAAUCUCUGCCAUCAGGAGGAAGGUGGAAGAUAGCCUCAGGAUGUGCUGUGUUGCAUUAGGUGAAAAUAUCAACAAAACAUACCCUUUGUUACCGGGGCCCACUAUCGAAAUGGUUUUGCUUCCAGAGAUGAAUAAUUUGAAUUUAAUGUGAACAAAUUUGAACUUUUGAAGUUAGGAAUUGUAAAGGUACAAGUACAAGAUAUCAAAGAGUUUUCUCAGAAUGUUCAUUUUGGCAAUCAAGUGUUUCUUGCAUAGGAAGCUGCAAAGUGUGUUUUUAAAAGGUAUGUAACUCAAAUUUACGCUCAUAUAUUUAGUCAGCCUUAUAGAAUAUAAUGUCUCUAAUACCCACUUUUAUGACAUUUGUCUCUGUUUUGAGUUAUUGUAGAGCUUUCUGGAACUUUUUCCAGUAUUUUACAGUUAAUUAGUGGGAACUGGGAAACAUCAACAAAUACUUAAAUUUUGUAGCCUACUCGUCUUAAGACUUUAUUUUGAGGUAAUCAGGUUGUUUUUUCAAAACAUAUUAUAGUUUUUUUUUUCAGUGAGGAUCAUUCAGUGUAUUGUAUUCCUCUCUACUUCAAAAUCCAAAUCCUACUAUGAGUGUAUGAGUACGAGUGUACACUGUUCAUAAGCCCUAUGGUUUUGUGUGUAUAUGAAACCUCCGGUCUUUGCCUUUGUACCAUACUUACUUCAUAGUCAAAGUUGUUUAUUUCUGUUUUGUUAAUCUAUUAAAUCCAUCUUGGGGUUGCUGCUGUGAUUUUUUUUGUUUUGUUUCAUUCUAUUUCUUUUUGAGGACAAGGCUUGCUGAUAUUUCCGUUUUACAGAUGUUAUAUUUAGCAUUUCAGUGGCUCUUAAUGAAGUGAACAGCGAUUGUAUGAUAUAUGAGCUGAAGUGUUACUGUUGAAUAGGUUAAUACUAAUAGUCUUCCUUGUUUCUGGUAGAGACAUUGCUCUAAAGUACCCCAUAAAUUUGAAAAAAUUCAGUGUGACUCGUGACACCACACCCCGCAAAGAAAAGCUUGUUACUGUAUCCUGAUCUUCACCAAAUUUGAUUUUGCCUGGGUUUGGGUUUUUUUAAAUGGGAACUGACUGGGUUUGUUUGAGUUUGAGCUUGUGUCUCUGUUAAGACUUACCAUCAUUUCCACUUUUUUGUUCUUAAUUUUUUUGUUACUUUUCUUGACACCAACAUUCUCAUUAUUCUGUAUGUACCCCUUGAUCUCAUCUGUGUUUUAGCUUUACAUGUAUGAGAGUGGGUGCAAGAGUCUGUGUUUAGUCAGGAUUCCUAUACAAGCAAUAUAAUGUCACUGUAUCGCUUUUUGUAUUGUAUGUAUACAUGUAUCGCAAAGAAGAUUGCUGCUGGGUAAAAUUGUAUACAGUGUGACUUAGAGGUAAAUUCCUGAACUGUUUAGAGACUGAAAAGAACUUUAUCAUCAUGUUGCUGUCACUAUUCGCCUUAUUGUGGUUUGGUUUUACUGUAAUUUUUCUAUCACUUUCAUCACUCAUAUUUUAAGUGCAAUAAGUUCUGUUUUGUGAUUUCUAAAUGUUGAGUUGAAAUUUUUUAUAGAAAUGUGGUGCAGUUUACGAGAUGUAUCUCUAGAGUUAGAUAACUCUCCGGAAAUCCGAGCAGUCAAGAUGGGAAAAGAAAACGGGUGAAGUUCUACCUACAAAAAAGUCCAAGUUCUUGUUAAUGCUAAGUUUACAUCUGUUUCCAAAGACUUUCAUAGAUCUUUACACAUCUGUUACUUUAGUAAGAGAAUGAAAGUGAAAAGACAAACAGGUUUGGAAGGUCUAUAUUGUAUACAGUGCUUUUUGUACCAGUCUUUGAGUUAAUUAGAUCUAAGUAGAUACUAAUACUAGCUUCCCCACAGCAAUGCUGCCCUUACUGACACUAGUGCAGAGGUCACAAGUGGUAAGCAGUGUCUCCUGUCUUUACCUUUGUUUUUCCUCUUUUGUUCUAUUGAUUUGUUUCAUGUACAGUACAUUCUCUUGAUUUUAUGUAUUUUAUUUGAUCCAUUUUUCUUGCAGUUGUGAAUAGUUCUUUGUGGGUAUUUUUUUCCUUGUUUCCAUUGAGGUUUUAUAUUUCUACAUGAAACACAUCUCUUAUGUAACAAACACAGCUGUGGUUGUUGUUUUUUUAAUUGUGUGUGAGAAAAUCUUUAGAAACCCUAACAACCUUUUAUUUUUGGGUAUGUUUCAUUUGUUGGUCAGUUAUUUUUUUUUAACCGAUAUUAACUGAUACAUUUAAUCAUACUAUACAAUAGAAAGCUGUGUAUAAUGAAUACUUUCUGUCAAUAAACAAACUUAAAAGGAA